UGCCCCGCACAAAGAUGGCGCCCGCUCCGGUGCUCCUUCACGUCCGCGCGCCCGAUCGUUUCCGCCGCGAAGCGGAAAUCGUGCGCGGAGCAGCGAUGGCCGGCGAUGUGGUGGGGCUGACCCUGAUACACGGUAGUUCUAAACAUAAGAUCGAGAUUUCAGCAGAACGGGAAGGUUGUGAGCCGACGCUACAGGACAUGGCAGCAGUCAUUGCGCAAGUUACGGGGGUACCCCAGCAAUUGCAGAAACUAAUUUUUAAAGGUAAAUCUCUUAAAGAGAUGGAACAACCAUUGUCAGUUCUUGGUGUUAAAAAUGGCUGUAAAAUAAUGAUGAUUGGUAAAAAGAACAGUCCUGAGGAGGAAGCUGAAUUAAAGAAGUUAAAGGAUUUGGAAAAAUCCAUAGAACACUUAUCACAUAAACUUGAAGAAAUUAAUGCGGAGCUGACAGGCAUUCAGAAUGGGUUCUUAGCCCGUGAUCUCCGAUCCGCUGCAUUAAGCAAGUUAGAGAAGAAAGGGAAAAGCAUAUCCGAACAGUAUAUGAGGUUUCUUGAACAGAUUGAUGCGAUGAGUUUUCCUGAUGACUUUACUGACUGCAGACAUAGAAGAAAAGGUCUGGUAAAGAAUAUACAGACUCACUUGGCUCAGUGUGACAUCAUUGAAGCACACAUUGCACAGGAACUAGAGAAACUUCAAUCAAAGAACUUUGCUCUUGCUGACUGACUUUAUGAAAAUAACAAGAAGCCAACCAACCCACAAAACUUAAUUUAUUAUUUAC